AUGGCCGGGAGACCGAGUUUGAGCUGGCAGCUCCUGCUGCUUGGUGCUUUCCUCUCUCUGCCGGACCCGGCUCGCGCACAGACUCGCUACUCAGUGCCUGAAGACCUCGAGCCGGGCUCCUUUGUGGGGAACAUUGCCAAGGAUCUGGGUGUGGACGUGCGGAGCCUGUCGGCCCGCAGCCUGCGGCUGGUCAGCGAGGGCGGCCGCCAGCACUUCCAGGUGAACCUGGCCGAUGGAGUCCUGCUUGUGAAUGAGAAACUAGACCGGGAAGCGCUGUGCGGUCUGAGCUCCACGUGCUUCCUGCAGCUCCAGCUGGUGCUGGAGAGCCCGCUGCAGCUGCACCGGGUGGAGGUGGAGAUCCUGGAUGUCAACGACAACGCGCCGCAGUUCCCGAAGAAGGAAGUUUCUUUAGAGAUCACCGAGGUAGCGAACCCAGGGACUCGCUUACCCCUGGAGGUAGCAGAAGACCCAGAUAUAGGCUCCAACUCCAUCUCCACCUAUGAACUCAGCGCCAGUGACCAUUUUGCCCUGAGCAUAAAUGUAAGGGGAGAUGGUGUGAAAAUGCCUGAAAUCGUGCUGGAGAAAGCCCUGGAUAGAGAGAAAGUGGCGGCCCAUCACUUAACCCUAACAGCUCUCGAUGGCGGGGACCCGGUGAGAUCAGGCACUGCCAGGAUCACAGUUCAUGUCCUGGAUGCCAACGACAACCCCCCUGUGUGUGAUCCGCCGAUUUCCAAAGUGUUUCUGGAAGAAAACGUCCUGUCAGGGACGCUGGUUACACAGCUGAACGUCACUGACUUGGACGAAGGCCUGAAUGGGGAGGUUGAAUAUUCAUUCAAAACCAGCAAUAAUGCCCCCGAUACAUUCCUCAGGCUGUUCAGCCUGGACCCCCAGACAGGGCAGAUCACAACCAAAGCCCCGCUGGAUUACGAGGACUCCAGCGCUUACGAGAUCACCGUUCGAGCCAGAGACAAGGGCUCCCCUGCAAUGGAGGGGCACUGCAGCCUCCGGGUGGAACUGGUGGACGUGAACGAUAACAGCCCGGACAUUGUGCUGACCUCCCUGUCCAGCCCGGUGCAGGAAGAUGCGCCCCCGGGGACUGUGAUAGCGCUAUUUGGUGCCAAGGACAGUGACUCUGGGGAAAAUGGACACGUCCACCUGCAGAUAAGCAAUGAUCUUCCUUUUAAACUGGUGAGCUCCUUCAAAGGGCAUUACUCACUGGUCACCGCUGGGCCACUGGAUCGAGAGAAGGCUGCUGGAUACAACAUCACUGUUAUGGCCACAGACGCCGGGUCCCCUCGAAGGUCCACUGAGCAAACCAUCUUCCUGCAGAUCUCCGAUGUGAAUGAUAACGUGCCCAGAUUCUCCAGCCCCUCCUACACAUCCCACAUUCAGGAGAACACCCUUCCUGGGGCCUCCGUGUUCUCUGUAUCUGCCUCUGACCCUGAUGUGGGUGCCAACUCCAAGCUAUCCUACUCCAUUCUGGACACUGGCAUGCAGGAUGUGCCCAUCUCAGCCUACUUCCACAUCAACCCAGAGAACGGCACCAUCUACGCCUUACGGGCUCUUGACUAUGAGCAGGACAAAGUGUUCCAGGUGCCCGUGGAGGUGCAGGAUGCUGGGUCCCCUGCCCUGAGCAGCACCGCCAUGCUCCACCUGUUCGUCCUGGAUCAGAACGAUAACGCGCCUACCAUUGUGUACCCACCCGUCCCCAGGGGCUCCGUCUUCCAACAGACAGUACCCUCCUCGGCAGAACCCGGCUACUUGGUCACCAAGAUUGUGGCGGUGGAUGCUGACAGCGGCCACAAUGCCUGGCUCUCCUACCAGCUCCAGGAGACCAGUGAGCCAUGUCCCUUCCGGGUGGAGCUCCGCUCCGGAGAGAUCCGAAUAACUGAGGCACUUAGGGAGUCAGGAGCGCCCCACAGGCUGGUGGUCCAGGUGAGGGACAAUGGGACCCCCUCCCUGUCCACCUCAGUGGCUCUAGUCAUCUCCCCCGAGGAGAACGCUGUGCAAGACUUUGCCAAGGCCUUGGACCUUCCCAAAUUGCCUUCCAGAGCAUCCAGCGUCACUCUCUACCUCAUCAUCUCCCUGGUAGCCAUUUCCCUGGUGUCAUGCGUGAUGCUGGCUGUCCUAGGCACCAGGUGCCUCAAAUCGGGCUCCACAGCUGCAGGCUGGCCCCUCUCACACUGUUGUAGGAGGACAGGCCGCAAGUCUGCAUCGAACUUCCCUGGGCAGUUGAAUCCGGAUGGUUUCAUCAAGUAUCUGGAUGUGGGUGGAGCUGGGUUGGUGUCCCAGGCACAACAUUACAAGUCUUGUUUCUCUCCAAUGUCUGAUCAAGGGGAUUUCCUCUUCAUAAAACCUUUCAGCCAUUCCACUACCGGGGACAGCAUAGCUGCCUUUGAUCAGGUGGCCAGUGCUUUACAAGCUCAGCCUAACCCGGACUGGCGUUUCUCUCAGGCCCAGAGACCUGGAACCAGUGGCUCCCAGAAUGGAGAAGAAGGUGGAGCUUGGCCAAACAACCAAUUUGAUACGGAAAUGCUUCAAGCCAUGAUUCUGGCAUCAGCAAAUGAAGCAGCUGAUGGGAACUCUACAUUGGGAGGAGGAGCCGGCACUAUGGGCCUCAGCACCAGGUAUGGCCCCCAGUUCACACUGCAGCACGUCCCUGACUACAGGCAGAAUGUGUACAUCCCCGGCAGCACUGCCACCCUCUCCAACUCCUCAGGUAAACGAGAUGGGAAGAGCUCAGGCUCUUCAGGUGGAAACAAGAAGAAGUCUGGGAAGAAGGAGAAGAAGUAG